AAUGUCAAACUGAGAUGUCAGAUGAGAAGGAGGGAACUCAGAGGAAAGCUGAGAGGACUCAUAGUGACCAAAGCUCAAGAUCGGGGUCAAAUUCCAAUAAACAAUGGGGCAUAUGAUAAAUGAAAGCAACAGCAUAGCUGUUCUGCUUCUCUACUUCCCGAUGAUUCCACCCCCACCCUCAAAAAGCCAUUAGAAAUUAUUUCAAUUGUCUCUUCCCUUUUACAGGCGCCAUCUUGAAAAUCCUGAAGUGUGAUGAUGAUACAUAAAAAUUCCAGUUGGUGGCUAGAAGACCAAAGAUUUCUCUAUUUUAUCAGUUCCUUUCCUGCAAGUCCAGACUGAUUUGUAGUACUGAAUAUGUCUUCUUGUGAGAAUGGAGUGUCAGGAUGGAACCCAAGACACAUCAGAGGAAUAGAUGAGCUCUUGGAACCAGUGGCCUCACUUGGUGAUGAUUCCAGGUUUGCCCCAGAGAAACCUCUCGGUGGCAUCGACCAGUGCCUGCACAUUCCUGGCAAAGCAGAUUUGGCAUACAGUUCAUUCUCAGGGGGCUCCAAUCUUCCAGAGUUUCCUGUCCCGCUAUGCUACAGUGAGCAAGACUCCCCCCUAGAGCAGCUGCCUUAUAUGGAUACAGGGUAUGUUACAGGCAUUUAUAAUCCCUGUGCAAUACCGGAGGAACUUAGACAGAUCUAUGAACACAAGGGAACAGGAAAGAGCUCCCACUACAAACUGGAGGCCACUGGUCUCAGCGGACUGCAUGGAAGCACUCCUAUCCCUGGGGCGUUGCACCCAUCACCAUCGCCACUGGGCAAGUUUCCAUCUCCUCUUCCUUGCCCUCCAGCUCAACUGGAGAGCUACAAAGCGAACACGGAUGUAGAUCAAACUCCUGGCAUUUGCUUUGACUGCAGUAUACAAGCAGACAUGUGCAUUCAAGAGAUCAGGAAAGACCUCCUCUCUGACGCUGCAACAAACUGUUACAAUGAUUAUUGCCUCUCCCAAGGUAAAGACGAAACUCCAGUCACAGAAAAGAGGGCUGGGUGUCUUGCCAAAGCGUACACAGUGAAGAAAAAGAACUCUUUCAUUUUCAUCACACCUUCCGCAUUUUCCCAAGAAAAAUUAAUGCCUGAUUCUUCCCAGACGAUUUUGCAGGCUCAGAAUGCAAUCCACGCUUAUAAAAUCCCUGAGAUGGUGAACUCUGACUCCUUUCCUUUGCUACAAACCAGCCACAAUGCUGUUAAUGAUACACAAAAGAACAAACAGUGUUUUCAUGCCUGCAGUGUACACAAACCACCCACUGCAGAAGGAGAUUUGCCAAGCACCGUGGCAGUAUCCAGUCAACCAGAGGGACAGAUUCACCCGGCUCUGCAGCUGUCCAGAAUACAGGGUCGUUCAGCGCUGGAACAGGACAUAUGCAUAAGGACAACACACUUAAAAUACACUGACAGCUCUCUUCCUGGUAAGUCUGGGCUGGGAAUAAUUAAUAGCUAUGAAGAAAAGAAAGGUUUCAUCUGUUCAGAAGAAGAAAACAGUAGAAAUAUUUGGCAGCCACUUCUAAAACAACAAACCACAAUGCAGAAACCGCACUCUCAUGGCCUGGACUUUACAGAAACUCCUCACGCCAUAAUUUAUGAGCCAACCAAUACAGUAUCGUAUUACAGUCAUGAUGCAGAGGAUACUAUAUCUCAGCCGUUCAACGGAUUUAGAAAACCAGAAGAAAAUGAUCAUUAUAGUAGCCCUGAACUUCUUAUGAACUCAAGACAAGACGAAAUGCUGAAGACUGUCGGUUUUCCAAAACAACCAUGUUCGAAGAAGGCUGAAAGUCAAUCUCAGGAGGAUUCUGCCAGUGAAAAGAUAAACAGAAGGACGACUCCCUUGCUUUACUACCUUUCUGGUGGGAAAAAUCCCAACAUUAUGAGUCAUGAAGCUCAUAAUGCUCUGGACCCAGACGUCUCCUCAGUGAACUCUCCAAGGAGCGCUUGCCCAGUCUCAGCUAUACCAGUAAAGAUACUAGGAGACAAUAACCAACAUGUGGAUGAGACUGCCUGCACGGAUGAGGGGUUAAUUAUGGAGAGCUGUGCAUCAGCAUCCCUUGAUGAGAACUUCAAGAAUGACUAUCGGGAAAAACUCAAAGUUGCUCAAAGCAAGGUCCUCAGAGAAACUUCUUUCAAGAGGAAGGAUUUACAGAUGAGUUUGCCUAUUCGGCUAAAACAGAAAGCCUCUUCAAGGCCAUCUAUUCAACAUCUCAGGUCUUUGUCUUUAUCUAGUACUAAUGAGGAGCCCAAGUCAGUUCCACCCCUCAAGCCAUUGGGACACCUCCGGAAGGAAGAAGAAUCCCAAAGGCUGCCAAAUCUCCGAAUUGGAGGAAGGAAAAGGGCCACCACUGAACAAAAGAAGAUUUCCUAUUCUGAACCAGAAAAGCUCAACCAGCUGGAGGAUCAGAGAGACCAAAACGAGUCAUGGAAAAAGAAAAAUGCAAGGUCCCACUCGGAUGAGAUAAGUGAGCAAGACACCAGGAUCCUCAGGAUUAAAUCCACGGAGAGUCGAGGAAGGGCUCUUACUAAGGCAGAACUGAAGCAAAUACAGCACAAAGCCCUUCUUGAGUACAUGGAACGAAAGACAGGGCAGCAGCCAGCUCCUGCCAGCAACAACAACAUGCAGCAGCAGAAGCCCCCUUUGCAAGGGAGGACUGCAACUCCGAAGAGGUUUUCAGAAGACACCAGUAACAGUGGAAAGUUACAGAGUAUGGAUGGUCUGUGUCGAAUUCUUGAACCAUCUUCCUUCCCCACUGCUUCAACAUCUGUAGAUCCUAGGGCCAGCAACUUUGCCUCAACAAAAUGCCUUAUUCGCUCUGUUUCUUCUGCCACCAGCAAAGGCCACGGGGGAUCAAGAUCAACGCCUUUACCUGUGCAGGAUUUCUAUACACCUACAGCUUGUCUGGCGUCGUCAGCUGAGGAUCAUGGACGCUAUCUGAGUCACCCCAAGGCAGAGACUGGUCAAAAUGGCCGAGGGGCAAACCAUCAACAUCUUCAGGAUAACUGUGAGUCCACACUGAGACACCUGCCCAGGCAGUCACUAGCUGAAGAUUCGACGGGUUAUGCAUUUGAACACCCCCAUAAUACGAAGAGGAGUAAGGAUAAACUCCCUAGCACUUUGGCAAGUCCGUCCUUGAGCCCUGCCCCUUUGCCAACUGGGAGAAGGUCCCUGUGCUCAAACGUACAAGGAGAGUCUCGUGAUUCUUCACCAGUCUUGUCUCUGACUGAAAUGGAUGAGGAUGUUUUUAAGGAUUCUUCUGCCAGUGUCUCCGACAUGGACUCGAACCUUCCCCACUUCCCUAGACAAAGUCUGGGUCUCACAGUAGUCAGGGAAACAUCAGCACGUACUUCUACUGCACCUGUUUUACAGAUUUCUAUGAAAGAAAAGCCUAUCAAAGAAGAACAAGCUAUGAGCUUCACUGUUGCUGGGAAAUAUGAAUCUAAUCCAGGAAACAACAAAAAAGAUGAGGAUUCACGUAGCCCAGGGAUCGCUUGUGAAUACCCAGCAUUUUGUCUCCAAAAAGAGAGCAACACAAAUUUUCAACUGAAGAAGGAAAUGAGUGAAGAAUCUCAAGGGUCCAGUGUAUCUCACGGGCAGCACUUGGAAGGAAAUGACAGAACACAUCCCUCCGAGGAGGGGGCAUACCAUGGCACAGCCCUGUUAGAUCACCUAGGAUGUAAAAAUACUGGAUGUCCAAUGAUAAAUUCAAAAGGCCUGCAAAAUGAUUUUGCCUACAGCAUCCCAGUGCAAGCUGCUGAUUCAUUGAUAGCCCAGUCAAAAUCUCCGGAGGACCAGCUAUGUGGAGAUCAUGCUGUUGAGAUCAUUGCCAAAGAUGAGUCUCUGGCUGACAUCCUAACACCUCAACCCAUUAGGAAGACUGCUUUAGAGCUCAUGGAAGGUCUUUUCCCUGUGAACCUUUCAAGGCCAGGCAGAUCCUACAGAUGGAAGCAGGGGAUUCAGUUUGCCCAAGAAAACGACCAAAGAAGCAGUGAGUAUCCAACUGAUCCAUCAACCAGGGCUAGCAAUUAUCUUGGACAAGGAGCUGAAGAUGCCACAUUUCACAUCCACCAAAUGCUGAGUAAAAACAAAGAGAACUUAGAUGAUCCAGAGAACAUCACAUCCCCAAAGAGAGAACUUAUUUCCAGCAUCCAGUUGAAACUACAGACUCUGUGGGCUGAGAGGGAGCUGAUCCAGUCUGAAGUGAAGGAGCAUGUGGAGCAUGGCAGAGCACUCGAGUCCAUGGUGCAAGACCUCUGUAAGCCCAAUGAAUAUGAGCGCUACAUGAUGUUCAUUGUUGACCUGGAGAAAGUGGUGAGCCUUCUUCUGUGCCUCUCCAGCCGCCUGGCUCGAGUGGAGAACGCUAUGGAGAAAAUAGAUGAAAACACAGAUGCUGAGGAGAAGCAAUCCCUCAAUGAGAGGCACAAGCUUUUGUCUAGGCAACGAGAGGAUGCCAAGGAUUUAAAAGAGAACCUGGACCGACGGGAAAGGGUUGUGUCGGGUAUCCUUUCCAAGUACAUGACAGAGAACCAGCUUCAGGACUACAGGCACUUUGUUCAGGAAAAGACUUCUUUGUUGAUUGAACAGAAAGACCUUGAUGAGGAGAUUAAGUUUCUUGAAGAGCAGCUGGAGAGGCUACAGAAGAGCAUCGCGCCUUAAGGCCAACAUUGAUAGGAUUCCUGUUUUCACCAUUGAAACACUUGUGCCAGACGUCUAUCUGCAUUCACGGACAUAUUGUUUAUGGACUGAGCAAAACUGUAUUUGAUGACUUCACGCAAGCAUCCUCUGCUUCUGAGUACUGCUAGCUGAGAUUGUAUACCUGGGACUGGAUUCAGGGGUUUCCAAGUGCAAAGUUCCUUCCAGGUUUUUUCCUUGAGUCGACAAGGGCUUACUUGGCCUAGGCAUACAUCCAUGGGAGACAAUGACAAAACCUUUACUGUAGGUAGCUGAUUUGACAUUGAAAUGACUGAUGCUCUCUGCAUGUCUCUGUCUGUGUGUAUGUGUGCAGUCUUUCAAUAAUACUUCGAUGUGUUGUUUUGUUUCUCUGCCAACUGCCAGUCUGCUUCCAGGCUGACAUCACCCUAAUAAAAACAGCAACAACAAAAUUACA